GUUUGGAUCCUAUGCUGAGACACUGAUCAGCACUCAGAGUUGUCUUAUCCGUCUGUGAGGACACAUUUCUUUCCAUUGCUGGAACAAGCAAACUCUUUCUUUUCGAAAGAGGCAGCUGUCCGGAACUUGGUAGACCGAAUGGUCGCCAGUUCACUUUUGCCCCUCUGGCGCCUCCUUGGCCAUUCCAACCAGCGAAUCAGAACUUCUGCAACCUUAUUUUGAGACAUUGACCACAGCAGGACCUUCCCUGACCCAAACACACAUGCAUCCUUCUGAUCGGCCUCACUCCCUAAAUCUCAAUCCCAUUCCAAUGGCACAACUGUCCCUCUUUGACAUUCAACUUCUAAAAGACGAGAUCACACAGUACCUCUCCGAGCACGACUUGGUCCAAUGCACCCUGGUCUCCAAGGAUUGGUUGGCCUGGUUCAGCCCAGCACUCUGGCGCACCCUUAACUUCGCACGCAGCACACCUCACAUCUCCGCUCUCAUAACCAACCAACAUUAUGUCCUAUCUGUCACUGCAUUCCACAAGUAUCUGGCCUCGAUCUCACUUGCCUCGGUCCCAUUCCCGAAUCUGCAGUCACUGGACCAUACACCAGAUUACGGCACGCCUUGCAACGAAGAUCAAGUCUUGCGUUUUAUCAAGGCAACCCCAUCUCUCCGAUGCGUCAAAUUAACGCUCUCUCUCAGUCAAGAAAGUGUUCUCCAGCAAUUGAUUGAUACGCUGCGAUCGCACCCUGCCCUGAUGAACCUCGACCUGUCUUGCCGCGAAUUCACCGAUCCUAACUCUAUCCAGCAAAUUAUCGAGGCCUGCCAGUAUUACGAUUCUCUCCAUCUUAAGUUUGGAGACGACAUGCCUUCUCAUGUCGGGCACUACCAUAACUAUGGGGAUGGAAUUGCACAUCAAAUUGAGAGUUGUCGGACCGCCAAGGUUGCCAUGGACCAGAUGCAAGAUAUGCGCAUCCGUGCGUUGUCCAUACGCAUCUCUAACGCGAAUCAAGAGCCUGCUAUCAUCGUGCCCCUCCUGAGGCGAUGCCCGAACCUGGAGAUGCUGCAUUUGAUCAGAAUCCAUCAUGAGGAUACCCUGCCCCAGGUUGUGAGUCUCUUCAGCGAGGACAGGUACUGCACAAAACUGAAGGAUGUGCGCAUGGGAUACAUUCGGAGAAAUGACAACACAGCAGCGCUACAGGCGGACUUUCUACGGCUACUCGGACAUGACAGUGGCAAUGGCUGCAGCGACAAUGGAUUUAGGCACGGUCUUGAGAAACUGACGUUGAGUCGCGCGGUGGAAUUCAACGAACAGUCUAUCCUUGCCCUCAGCAAUCAUCAUGUAGGGUCGCUGACGACCGUCGAUUUCUCGAAACUAUGCAUGUCGACAACGAAUUUCAUUCACCUAAUGACCAGUCUUCCAAAAUUACGAUCGCUGUAUGCGGUCUUGGAGUACACGCGCACCGAUACCCAGGCUGUGCUCCUUCAAAAACAGUGGAUUUGUCUAGAGUUGAGAAUCCUGGAGCUGAAUAUAGAUCUGAUAUGCGACGACAAUCAGUUCCGCGCCCCUGCUUGGAAGGGCUCUCCCGCAGACAGUUGCAUGACCUACUUGUUCUCUCAGAUUGGCAUACUGACCAAGCUGCAGCAGUGGAGGCUGCAGACUUCCGAUGUGGAUCUUUGGCAGUUGGAGGGCGGCUAUCUUGGUUUACUGGCGGGAUUAAAGCAGCUAAGGGCAUGUUACUUUGAGCGUCUAUUCCCUAUCAGGUUCCAAAUCGGGACAAGGGUGGCAGAGUGGAUGAUUGAACACUGGCCAAGGCUGAUCCAUGUCGGGAUGCUUAACGGGUUCGCGAAGGAAAGGCUUGAGGCAUCUGAUAGGCAUGCACUUCACGCAUUUACGGAGACUUUGCUGGCAAACCGGCCAUGGUUGCAAGUCGACUAGCAAUGAUAGCCAUUUUCACAGUAAUUAACGUUACUCGCUCUUCUGCUGGAACAAGCGCUGUUCCUAUGUACCGCUUCUCCAUGCCCUCGUUCCCGUCGUGAUCUUCGUCCCCAUCCUCAUUCUCAUGCUAUUUUUUUGGCCACUGACUCACGUUCUUAGCCGCACCGAUAUAGUGAAGUUAACAAUCUUUGACAUUCCACUUCUCAAGAACAUGAUCACCCAACGCCUUUCGAACUAUGGUUUGGUACAGCGCGACCUCGUCUCGCGGGGAUGUUUCGAUGACCUAUACCUAUACUCUAGCGUAUUUUUAGGUGGCGAAAACUUCCCGCCAUCGAGUCUUCAGCCCUAGUAAGGCACCACGAUCUCAUUCAAAAACUUCUCAGCUGGGAUGGUAAACAGACGGCAGAGGAAACCA